AUGCGGCUUUCUAGUGCAUUGGAUCAAGAAGUUCUAGUGGCCACUCAAAAAUUUAUCUCGAAUGGAGUUCCUGCCGAUAUCCCGAAUAUUUACAUCGCAUUUCAAAAGUCGAAUUCGUCUCUGAAAAGACAGCAGAAAAAAACCAUACAGGCGUCUAUCGAGCGUGUCCUAGAACACCUGGGGAUCGGAGACGACGAAUUUGACGAGGAGGCUGCUAUUGACGACCUGCAACCUGAUCCUGUGGCAGAGCUGAUGAAUAAGAGUCUGAGAGCGAAUUUGAGCUCUCGCCCUGCAAAUCAAGACGAUGAAACAAGCAGGCGGCGCAAAAUCAACGGAGAACCCGUCUCGAAGCGGCAGAAGCGGGCUCCCGAGGAAAAGAUGAGCAUCUCACCGCCAAUGGACAUUUCCCUGAAAGACGUUGGAGGAAUGGGCGAUAUCAUCGCACAAAUGAACGAGCGGAUCAUCAUGCCCAUCGGAUUUCACGAGGAAUUUCAAGAAGCAAAGUUCCCCAUGCCAAAGGGCAUAUUACUACAUGGACCACCAGGUUGCGGCAAGACUAUGCUUUGUCGCGCCUACGCUGCUGAGCUCGGUGUCCCGUUCAUCGAAAUCCUAGGCCCCUCCAUCGUCUCCGGCAUGAGUGGAGAGUCGGAAAAGGCUGUCCGAGAAAAAUUCGAUGAAGCAAAGAAGAACGCUCCCUGCUUGUUAUUCGUUGAUGAGAUAGAUGCCAUCGCACCGAAACGAGACACAAGUCAGAGCCAAAUGGAGAAGCGAAUUGUAGCGCAGCUUUUGGUCAGCAUGGACGACCUGCAAAGCUCCUCCAAGCCGGUCAUCGUUCUGGCCGCGACAAACCGCCCGGACAGUCUAGAUCCUGCUCUCAGACGAGGUGGAAGAUUCGGUACUGAGAUCAGUAUCAACGUGCCGAAUGAGCCUGCCAGACAGCGCAUUCUCGAAACGCAGACGAGGGAGAUGAGAGUCAAUGGGGAUGUCGAUUUCGCGAGACUUGCUAAGAUGACUGGCGGUUUUGUCGGUGCGGAUCUGCACGAUUUGGUGGGCAAGGCCGCCGCACAUCAAAUGAAGCGCCUUCAGCGUGCCUUGGAGAUGCAAGUGAUUGAAUUUGGACUGCAAUUGACGGACUCUGAAGGCCUCCAGCCAGAAGUUCUCUCAGCCAGAAGGCUUCUCGCGCGCAUACAGCAUCGUGAACUUCCUCGGCCUUCGGGCUUCGAAGCCAUCACACUCGCUAUGGAGGACUUCACCUCGGUCCUGCCUCUCAUCACUCCGUCAUCGAAACGAGAAGGCUUCACCACCAUUCCAGACGUCUCUUGGAAGGACAUCGGUGCUCUCGAGUCAGUCCGUGCAGAGCUCGAGGCAGCUAUCAUCAAUCCCAUCGCGAAUCCUGGCCUUUACGAGCAUUUCGGCAUGGAUACUCCAUCGGGUGUACUGCUUUGGGGCCCACCAGGUUGCGGCAAGACGCUACUUGCCAAAGCGGCGGCGGCGGAGAGCAAAGCCAACUUCAUCUCCAUCAAAGGCCCGGAGCUGCUUAACAAGUUCGUGGGAGAGUCUGAAGCUGCCGUUCGCAAGGUUUUCCAACGCGCACGAUCAAGCAUUCCCUGUGUCAUCUUCUUCGAUGAACUGGACGCUCUGGUACCUAAGAGGGACGAGUCCGCCUCUGAAGCCAGCUCACGUGUGGUGAACACCCUUCUCACCGAAUUGGACGGCCUGAGCGUGAKAACUGGCAUCUACGUCAUUGCCGCAACAAACAGGCCGGAUAUGAUCGAUGAAGCAAUGCUACGCCCUGGAAGACUCGGAACCACCCUUUUUGUCGACCUCCCCGGUCCAGAGGAACGAGUUGACAUAUUGAAGGCCCUCGUAGGCGCAAAGCCAUGCGAUUUCACAGCGGAGAUCAGAGAUCUUGUAUCGAGAUGUGACGGAUACUYAGGGGCGGAUGUUGGCGCUUUGUUGCGUGAGGCAACUUUACACGCAAUCAAAAGGGGCGUCUUGCGCAUUGAGUUGGUGGAUUUUGUUCACGCAAUGGGGCGCGUGAAAGGUUCUGUGAAGGAUGUGAAGAAAUAUCACCGCUUGCGAGACAGCUUCGGACAAAGAUGA